AGGUAUAUAAGCUGGAGGGAUCUGAUCAGAUCAUGUCAGUUCGUCUCUGCCUGCCGGCGUCUCCAAGCUUUCGACUCGAACAGCAACUCCAGAACCACUGAGAAAUGGCACCCAAGAAGGCAAAGAGGAGGCAGGCAGCCGAGGGAGGAUCCUCCAACGUGUUCUCCAUGUUCGAGCAGAGCCAGAUCCAGGAGUACAAAGAGGCCUUCACUGUCAUCGACCAGAACAGAGACGGCAUUAUCAGCAAGGAAGAUCUCAGAGACACUCUGGCUGCUAUGGGCAGCUUGAAUGUGAAGAAUGAGGAGCUGGAGGCCAUGGUAAAGGAAGCCAGCGGCCCCAUCAACUUCACCGUCUUCCUCACCAUGUUCGGAGAGAAACUCAAGGGCGCUGAUCCAGAGGACGCGAUCAUGGCUGCAUUCAAGGUUUUGGACCCAGAAGGCACCGGAACCAUCAAGUACCUUCAAGAGAUGCUGACAACACAGUGCGAUAGAUUCACUCCUGAAGAGAUUAAGAAUUUCUUCACUGCUUUCCCACCCGAUGUGGCUGGCAACGUGGAUUACAAAAACGUCUGCUACGUCAUCACACACGGAGAGGAGAAGGAGGAGUAAAUCUCCUGGUUUAAAAAAAAAAAAAAAAAAAAAAUCAACAACGACAUUUUAUCUAACUGGGUGUAGGGACCCCCCCCCCCCCCCCCAAAAAAAAAAAACCAAAAGUCCGCUGUCUCUCUGUAAUCUCUCCGGACACCACCACCCCCUUCCAUCCCUCCUUCCUCUCUUCCUUUCUCAUUCUCCCUCCUGCUAAUUCUCUUAUCAUAAACCAGCCUCGUCGUUUAAAUCUCCUCUCUCCUUUUGCAAACGACUGUUUUAAAAUAAAACACUGUGGAAGUUGAGGGGAAGAGAGAGACAGAGAGAGAGAGGGUGAGUGAGGGGGUAAAGGGAGAGGAGAAAGACAGGAUGAAUGGACGAAGAAAGGAAAUCGAGGACCCUGAAAGCGACGGCAGGUUUUUGGAGGAUGGAGGGAGGGAGGGAGGUGUGAGGCAGAAUGUAAACUGAAAUGCUGGAGGGAAUGGAAGAACUGAAGUCUUAAAAAAAUAAUAAUAAUAAUAAUAAUUCUUUCUUUGUUUCUUUCUUUUUCUCUCCCGGAGAGAGUCACUCUAUCUUGACCAUCCUGCUUGUAAAAAAUAAAUAAAUAAAUGUGCAAAUUACAAAUAAAUAUUUACUUUGUUGUCGAGUUUCA